AUGGCAGCACAGUCUGGGUCUGAGACCGAUCUGGUGGUCCCCUAUGAGUUAAACGGAGAGGAGGUUCACCUUCUGCAGGAAGCACUGGGGCGGAGUGGGCUCAGGAGCCAGCGCUCAGUCCAACAUCCGACAAGUCUGCGGGACAACUUGUUCCUCUCCUUGCCGGCGUUUGGACGGCAGCUGUACCUGCAGCUCCGAAGGGACGACUCCUUUAUUUCCGAUGGCUUCGUCGUGGAGGAGCGAGCCGAGGACGGGACCACUGUGCGGCAGGCGGCGCCCGCCCUGGAGGCGAACCGGGGCUGCUUCUACACCGGAUCAGUCCUCAACCACACCGACUCCUUCGCAUCCGUCAGCACGUGUGGUGGUCUGACGGGCUUGGUGCAGACGGGCGACGACAGCUUGUUUAUUGAACCAGUCAACGUGGCGGACGGCUCUUUCUCCGGGACGGAGCACAAGGUCACGCGGAGCAAACGAUCCACCAGAGCCAGCCCGCCCCCCGCCGACAACCACCCACGCUACUGUGACCCUGUGCAAGGUAAGAAGAAGGAGCGCAAGCAGAAGCCUACGGAGGAGGGCAGAGGUCGGCGGAACGCCAUCCGGCUGAGCCAGGCCUACACCGUGGAGACGGUGGUGGUGGCCGACUCCGACAUGGUGCAGUACCACGGCGCCGAGGCGGCGCAGCGCUUCAUCCUCACCGUCAUGAACAUGGUGUACAACAUGUUCCACCACCAGAGCCUGGGCGUCCGCAUUAACAUCCGGGUCACCAAGCUGGUCCUCCUCCACACCCGGCCGGGCAAGCUGAAGGUGGGCCACCAUGGCGAGCGCUCGCUGGAGAGCUUCUGCCACUGGCAGCACGAGGAGUUUGGCGGCGCGCGCUACCUGGGGAGCAACCACGUGCCCGGGGGGAGGGACGACCCGCCGCCUGUGGACGUCGCCGUGCUGGUCACCAGGACUGAUUUCUGCGUCCAUAAAGACGAGCCCUGUGACACAGUAGGAAUCGCCUAUCUGGGUGGCGCCUGCAGCUCCAAGAGGAAGUGCGUGCUGGCCGAGGACAACGGCCUCAACCUGGCCUUCACCAUCGCCCACGAGCUCGGCCACAACAUGGGAAUGAGCCACGACGACGACCACGCCACGUGCACCGGACACUCCCACAUCAUGUCUGGCGAGUGGGUCAAAGGUCGCAACCCCAGCGACCUCUCCUGGUCGUCCUGCAGCCGCGACGACUUGGAAAAUUUCCUCAGGUCGAAGGCCAGCUAUUGCCUGCUUCACACGGACCCGCGGAGCCGCUACGUGGUCCGCCUGCCCCCCAAGCUGCCCGGCAUGCACUACAGCGCGGACGAGCAGUGCCAGAUUCUGUUUGGCACCAACGCGACCUUCUGCAACGACAUGGAGCACCUCAUGUGUGCCGGCUUGUGGUGUCUGGUGGAGGGUGACACCUCGUGCAAGACCAAACUGGACCCUCCACUGGAUGGUACCGAGUGCGGGGCGGACAAGUGGUGCCGGGCGGGGGAGUGUGUGAGUAAGACGCCCAUCCCUCAGCAUGUGGAUGGAGACUGGAGUCCCUGGAGCCAGUGGAGCCGCUGCAGCCGCACCUGCGGAACAGGAGCCCAGUUCAGACAGAGGAAGUGUGACAACCCACCGCCCGGUCCGGGCGGGAAGCACUGCCAGAAGGCCAGCGUGGAGCACAAGGUCUGCGAGAGCCCGCCGUGCGCCAAGGGCCUGCCCACCUUCCGCGACCAGCAGUGCCAGUCGCACGACCGGCAGAACAACAAGAGGAAGAACAACAUGCUGACCGCCGUCAUCAAUGAUGAAAAGCCGUGCGCUCUCUACUGCACUCCCGUGGGUCGGGAAGCUCCGGUGUUGGUGGCGGAACGGGUCUUGGACGGAACCCCCUGCGGCCCUUACGAGUCUGACCUCUGCGUCAGUGGGAGGUGUCAGAAAAUUGGUUGUGAUGGCAUCAUCGGCUCCUCGGCAAAGGAAGACAGAUGUGGGGUCUGCAGCGGGGACGGCAAGUCCUGCAAGAUCAUCAAGGGGGACUUCAACCACACCAGGGGGACGGGUUACAUCGAGGCGGCCAUCAUUCCAGCGGGCGCUCGGCGAAUCAAAGUGGUGGAGGACAAGCCAUCCCACAGCUUCCUGGCGCUGAAAGACUCAAGCAAGAGAUCCAUCAACAGCGACUGGAAGAUCGAGUUGCCGGGAGAGUUCGAGCUCGCCGGAACGACGGUGCGCUACGUGCGACGGGGACUGUGGGAAAAGAUGUCUGCUAAGGGACCCACUAAGACACCUCUGCACCUCAUGGUACUCCUGUUCCACGACCAGACGUACGGGAUCCACUACGAGUACACGGUGUCUCUGAACCAGUCCCAGGAGAACCGCAGCGAGGCCCAGCGGGAGCCGGAGCACCUCUUCCUGUGGACGCACAGCAGCUGGGAAGGGUGUAGUGUCCAGUGCGGUGGAGGCCAGAGAAAGACGGUGGUGGCUUGCAUGAAGCUACUCAAUAAGACCAUGACCCUCGCGAACGACAGCCAAUGUCAGCCCGCCAACCGUCCGGCACCUCAGAUGCGGCACUGCAACACCCACCCGUGCCAGUACCGCUGGGUGACCGGGGACUGGGGGCGGUGCUCGGUGACGUGUGGGAAGGGCUUGCAGCUGCGUGACGUGGUGUGCGUGCACCAGCUCCAGAACGGCUCCUACGUCAACACCAGGGACCUGUACUGCGUCAGCGGCAAGCCCUCGGCCGUGCAGGGCUGCGACGGCCGCGACUGCCUCACCGUGUGGGAGGCCUCCGAGUGGUCCAGGUGUUCGUCAGACUGCGGCCGUGGGACGCGGAGGCGCACCGUCACCUGCACCAACCCCCAGGGCCGCUGUGACCCGGUGUCCCGCCCGGCAGAGGAGGAGGCCUGUGAGGACCACUCCAAGUGCUACGAGUGGAAGACUGGAGACUGGUCAAAGUGCUCUUCCUCGUGCGGCCGGGCCCUCCAGUCCAGAGUCGUCCAGUGCAUGCACCGUGUGACCGGUCGCCAUGGCAACGACUGCCCGGCUGUGCUCAAGCCCCCGGCCUACCGGCAGUGCCACCUGGGGGCGUGCAACGAGAAAGUCAACGUCAACACCAUCACCUCCCCCAGACUGGCGGCGCUGACGUACAAGUGCACGGGCGACCAGUGGACGGUGUACUGCAGGGUGGUCCGGGAGAAGAACCUGUGCCAGGACAUGAGGUGGUACCAGCGGUGCUGCCAGACCUGUAGAGACUUUUAUGCCAACAAAAUGCCACACAACAGUUAAUGACCUCGCAGCCGAUGGAUAGGGUUGUCUCAUUUGACAUGUUCAGAUUAUUAUUAAUAUUAUUGUUGUUAUUAUGAUGAUGAUGAUUAUUAUUCUUAUGAUUAUUAUUAU